AUGUUCGCUUCGGACCAUAACGUCGAGGCCACCGAAGAUAUUACAUCGAAGAUGGCAAUGACGAACCUGCAUCCGCGGUUCGCGCAGCACACCGCCGCAGCACUACCCACCGAGACCGAUGUGGUGAUCAUCGGGUCUGGCAUCACAGGCGCAUCAAUCGCGCGUACAUUUCUCAAGAUCCAAACCCAGUCCUCAAGCUCUCAUCCUAGAGUCGUGAUGCUCGAAGUUCGCAGUAUCUGCAGCGGAGCCACGGGACGCAAUGGAGGUCAUAUCCUCGAGACCUCAGACAAAUACGCAGAGCUGGCGGACGUCUUUGGAGUGGACAUCACGCGCAAGACGAUGCGGUUCCGCCUAUCGCAUCUGAAGGAGAUGUUGGGCGUUGCGGAGGAGUGGGGGCUCACUUCCGAGACACAGGCGCGCAAGGUGCGGUUCCUGAGUGUGUAUUUCGGGGAGGAGCCGUGGAAGGCGGCGCUGGAGCGAUUGGCUCGGUUUCAAGUUGGUAUGCCUGAUGAAUCGGCGGAAUGGACUGCUUAUGACGGGGAGGAAAUACCGAAGGAAUUCAAUCUUCCCUACGCUAGAGGCGUGAUUGCUGGCCCGGAAGACGCUUUGUGGCCUUAUAAGUUCGUAAUUGGCAUCCUGGCCCGGUUGCUAGCAGACUUUCCGGUCGACUUUCGAGUCGAGGAACAAACUCCCGUCAUAGUUAACCUAUCUCUGCACGGCAUGUCAUUCACUACACCAACGCACACGUUGGGCACCUGGUCCCAGGACUCCGAGGCCGCAGUGCGCCUGACAGAUGUCAGCACAGACACCAGGCGACGGCUUCCCUGCCAGGCCGCCAAACACUCGUGGCUCUUCAGCUACGACAGAGGCUUCGACUUCCUGACACAGUUGCUGGAGGGCCAGAUGAUGCUGGGCGGGGGGUUCGCACAGACCGAGGGAGGCGGGAUCGCCGACCUAGGCGUGUCGACCGACUCUGAGUUAAGCCUGUACAUCGAUAUUCAUCUUUCGGGUGCCCUGAGUGCAAUCUUCGAGCUGCCGGGCAGUCUUGGGGCCGGAUACAGGGUGAUCCAGUGCAAGCGAUGUGGACCGGCAACAUGGCGUUUAGCUUUGACGGGUUUCCAUGAGUAG